CUCCAUCUGGAAAUAGUCGAACCCAAGGACGCUUGGUUCACCAUAUCCAAAGUCAAGUGUGUAGAAUGGCAUAUACCGCAAAUUGGUCAUGCUAAUAUACGAGCUCUCCGGGGAGUUGCACACAAUACUGAAAAUAUGGAACAACAAGCUGAGUUGGUGCUCUAUAAGCAACAUGUUUGCCUUUGUGUGGCCACUCUCGGUCUUUGAACACAAUUCUCUAAUAGACUCGGCUAGGUCCUUGUAAGAUCCAUCGAGGACCAAUUGUGUUGACAAUGGCGCAAUGGCAGGACAAGUUGCAUUGCCGACAAAGUGCUUUGGAAUGGUAGAUUGGGCGCGACAAUUGUAAGGUGUCAUUACAUAUGUUGCCUGCGGCGCUUUGCCGAAUGCCUUUAUGUUGGCCUGCACCAUGUUUUUGGUCAGCAGAGUGACGAACGCCACGUUGAUUGUCUGGUCCUUGUCAACGUGGUGGCGGAUGCGCUCCAAGUUGGCACGGCUAAGAUGCAGCACAUGUAGAUCCUCAAUAGCCUGCAAGUCUGGUGUGGAUAGCAUCGAUGAUGCAAUGGCCGCGGGUGAAAUCUCGGGAAGCGGCGGCAAAAUGCCCUUAAAGUAAUUGACAAACGGAAGAUCCAGCGGCUCGACCUUGGAAAAGCAGUCGUUUAACACUUGGCAGUCAUUGAGUGGGGGCUUGACUAGCUGGUAUUUGCCGUUCUUAAUUUCCUCGAGGUUUCGCGCAU